AUGACCAACAUCUUUUAUUAUUGCAUAUUUUGCUUAUGAAAGAAAACUACAUAGAGCAGGAAAGGAUUGCUCCAAGGGGGAAAUAUAUGGUAGGAUUGCUGGGCACGGGGCAUACUCUUCAAAGGGAUCUUAAUCAGAUUGCUGAAGUAGCAGAUACUUCGCACUCAAAUGGUCUCAGUUAUAUAUUAACAGAGACAACGUUAGCUUUGCUUCGCAAUCCUGAUUACUGCUUCUCCGGUUUAUCAUCGGCAGAUGUGAAGUGGAGUGUAGAUGAAGGAGAGAAAUGCUUUAAUAAACUCUCUAUAGAAGAACGGGCUAAAUUUGAUGAAGAGACACUUGUUAAUGUGGACAAUAUAAAAAGGCGAAGCACAAAUGAGAAAGCUAGUGAAUCUAAGAAUCAGUACAUUGUGGUAACAAUCCUGGUGGCUACCGAAGGAGUGCAUGAAAUGCUCGCCAUCAAUGGAAUUGGAGACUUAAAGGAAGCUUUAAAAAAGCUUGGUUCCAUCCAAGCAAGAAAACUAAUGGCUGUUGAGGUCUUGUGGACUCCUCAAGAAGAAAAUGACACAUUAUCAGAGCGUGAACUACAUGAAGAUUACCCACUCUUGAAGGCUUUUUAAAAAAUUUAGUUUGUAACUAGGUCUGUCUUCCCAUGAAAAUUAUGGCAACACUAAUAAUUGCUAGUUACACACAAAAAUUUAGAAAUUAAUGUUUGUUUUGAUUGUCAAGACAAAUUGAUAGUUUUAAUGGUUAACUAAUAGUUUAUAAAAUAGUUUGUUUAUU